AGUGGGUUUUGAGGAUUAUUGGUUGGUGUACGUGAUUUAGUCUUCGGUUUGCUGGGUGCGUCGAGUCUGCUGGAUUUAAUUUGGUUGUAGUAAAGUAACUCGUCCUUUUACACCCUCCACUCACUGUGGGGUACUCUAAGGCUCCUUUUGAGAUUUAAAGUGGAAUAUUUGGGUCGUUAAUAUUCCAUUUGACAUGAAAUGGAAUAGACUUUUCAACUUUGGUAUAAGUAGUUUGCGGAGAGUAGGGCUAUUUCGCGGUUAUUCCGACAUUACCAGAGUGGUAAGUAUUAAAGUACAGUUAUAGGCUGUGACAAGCAAACUUGGGCACCGCACAAACUAGCUACGUUUGGACAAAAUUGAUCAGCUUUGGGACAGUCUCAUCAAAAAUUGUGGAUGAAGUUUGGGAUAAUACCACGAAAUAAAACUGAAAUCUGCAUAUGAUUAGGGGUUUUCCCCCAAAUUUACACAAGGCUAGGAUGUUUUUGAACAUUUAAAUGAAUACAAACGCUCACUAUUGUCUGAAAGCUGUCUCCAACUAGUUGAAAGCAGGCUUUCAGGUUGCAGUCUGAUAUUCGAUUAUCAGGUCUAUUAUUUCCUGUUGUAUAUCGCGGCAUGGCCCCUUACAGGAUCGUGUUUAUCCGCCACGGAGAGAGUGUUUACAAUGAGGAAAAUCGAUUUUGUGGUUGGCACGAUGCAGACCUUUCAGGACAAGGUAUCACUGAAGCUAAACAAGCUGGCCAACUUCUUCACCAAAAUCAUUUCACCUUUGACAUCGCCUAUACAAGUGUUCUAAAAAGAGCCAUCAAGACUUUAAACCUUGUCCUUGAUGAACUUGAUCUUAAUUGGAUACCUGUGACGAAAACAUGGCGUCUAAAUGAAAGGAUGUACGGUGCUCUUCAAGGUUUAAAUAAGUCUGAAACCGCUGCCAAACAUGGAGAAGAACAAGUUAAAAUAUGGAGACGUGCUUAUGAUAUACCUCCCCCUCCUGUUGAUACUUCAGAUCCUCGCUUCCCCGGUAAUGAGCCAAAGUAUGCCUUACUUGACUCUUCCUGCAUACCACGUACUGAGUGUUUAAAGGACACUGUUCAACGUGUACUGCCAUUUUGGUUUGAUACUAUUUCUGCAAGCAUCAAGAGACACGAACAGGUUCUGAUUGUCGCCCAUGGGAACAGUUUACGAGCGCUUAUCAAGUACUUGGAUAAUACAUCGGAUUCAGAUAUUGUGGAGCUUAAUAUACCCACUGGUAUUCCACUAGUUUAUGAACUGGAUGCGAACUUGAAGCCAACUAAACACUAUUAUCUUGCCGAUGAAGCGACAGUAGCAGCCGCUAUAGCACGUGUGGCGAACCAGGGAAAAAAGAAAUGAAGCGAAGAAUGAUCCCCAUCGAUAAUUUCUUCAUUAUUCACUCAUCCACCAAUAUUUAUACAUGUUUUGGAUCAUUUUAGUCAUCUAUAGCUUACAGUAAUGAACAGAUACUCUGAUCGUCCUUACUCAUAAUCGUAUUGUACGAGGUGAAUAUUUUCCUUUAUAGCGUUUGUUUUGCAUGUUAUAGUUAUGAUACGGCCAAUAAAAAUGAUUAAAAAUAUAUCAGGAUUUUUUGCAGUUGGGAUUAGGAGACCGCAGGAAAUGUUAUUGGAAUUCGAUGUAAAUCCACAUCACUGAAUGUACCGUAUAUUCUAGUGAGAUGACGGAGGCGAUUUUUUGUUAAGGAGUAGGAUUUAAAGUGACAUGUUUCUUGAGCUUGAUGGGUUCUUUCUGUCCGAACUAUUUACCUCAAAGAACAAAACAUUAAUCGUUUUAUCCUGUAAUAAAUCACACUCACCC